UCUGCGGACUGGACGCCUGAUAUCGUGCUCGACGAGCAAUCGCCUGAGUUCACUCGCUCCCCGAACCGCGCUCACAAUCAGAAACAGGCAAACGGAAACGCGAACGGGACGAACGGGUUCCCCCCUUCUAUGAGCCCGGGCCCGACGAUUACGAACAGCAAUCCGAAUGCUCAUCAGUCCGACCGAAUUCCCUCAGCGCCGCCACGAUUAGGGACGAGUUCCCAUCACGACAAUCAGAACACGCUCAAGAGCCCGUGUUUCGUGCACUCGCGGCUCGACCAGGGGCUAUCGUUUGGGGACUGGUUGAAACAAAAGUCAGGGAAACAGGGCGGGAGUGGAGGCGUAGGCGUCGCGAAAUCGUUGCAGAGUCCCGCCAUGGGUGCAUUCCAGAAGCACCCGCAGCGGCCUCAUCCCGCCAGGAGCCUCACCAACGGCCAUUUGCCGAUACAUGGUGCGUAUCCGGAUGGGACCAGGUCGGAUGACAACAGUGUGUUUGAAGACGAGGAUGAUGAGGAUCGUGACAUGAGCUUGACGAGGCAGUUGGCGGAGACGGCGGUGGGAGUCCGGGAAAUGAGCAAACAACUUGGCCGCGCACGCAUCCAUUCCAUCAUCCAUAGCGUCCUUAUCGUCACGAAAGCAAGAGACAACCGGCUCAUCAAACUUACCCGCGAGCUCGCAGUCUACCUCAUGUCCAAGAAGACCGACAAUGGACGCGGUCUGAUAGUCUACGUUGACAACCAACUACGGACGUCGCGCCGAUUCGACGCUGCCGGGAUCGAACGCGACCACCCGGAGUUCUUCGUGCCGUUCCCUCGUCGCAGGACGUCAACGAGCAGCAGCAGCUCCUCUUCGAAUUCGAACGGGUCAUCACCCCCAGGUGACGCGGCGUUCCCGAAAGACGAGGGGCAGCUCAGAUACUGGACGGCGGAGAUGUGCAGCCGCAGUCCGCACCUCUUUGACUUUGUCGUAACCCUCGGGGGCGACGGCACCGUCCUCUUCACGUCCUGGCUCUUCCAGCGAAUCGUCCCACCCGUCCUCCCCUUCGCCCUCGGCUCGCUCGGCUUUCUCACCAACUUUGACUUUGCGGAGCACCAGUCCGUCAUGGACAGCGUGAUCGACUCGGGCAUCCGCGUGAACCUGCGCAUGCGCUUCACGUGCACGGUGUACCGCGCUGUCGCGCCCGACAAGGGCCGCCAGCGCAAGGCGAUCAAGAAGGCGGACACGGGCGAGAUCCUGAUGCGCAACCUCGAGAAGGGCGGGUGGGAGGCGAUCGAGGGUGGGUGGAGCCAUAUCACGCCGGAUGGGAAAGAGGAGGGGAAGAAGAAGGAUAAGGAGAUUAUGUGCUUCUCGACGAGGCCGGUCGAGAGCUUCGAGGUGCUGAAUGAUCUGGUGGUGGAUCGCGGCCCGAGUCCGUAUGUCAGUUUAUUGGAGUUGUUUGGUGAUGAACAUCACUUGACGACCGUCCAAGCGGACGGUCUGACGAUCUCUACACCUACCGGGUCAACUGCCUACUCGAUGUCAGCGGGCGGUUCCCUCGUCCAUCCCGAGAUCCCAGCUAUCCUUAUCACCCCGCUCUGUCCUCACACGUUAUCGUUCCGGCCGAUGCUCGUACCGGACAGCAUGGAAGUCCGGAUAUGCGUGCCCUUCAACUCCCGGAGUACCGCCUGGGCAUCGUUCGACGGGCGGGGUCGCGUCGAGCUCAAGCAGGGCGACCAUAUCAAGGUGACCGCUUCCAAGUAUCCGUUCCCAACCGUGUGCGCGGACAAGCAGUCGACGGACUGGUUCCACGCAAUCUCGCGGACGCUCAAGUGGAACGAGCGCGAGAGGCAAAAGUCCUUCGUGGUCGUCGAAGAGAGCCCGGCGCAAGCGCAGAGCCGGUCGAUAUCCAAGCCGUCCACGGUCGGGUCGUCCGGGAAGCCAGAGCCGUCGCCUGUCCAGGAGGAUGACGAGUGCGACGAGGAAGAGGAGGAUACAGAGGACUUUGACAUCCGCGACCUGUCAGAGGACAACACGGACGCGGAGGAGGAGAAGAGCGACGGCGAGCCGCAGGUGAAGGUGGAGAACGCGCUGGAGCCGGGCGAGAAGAAGAUCGCGCGGGAGAAGGCGAAAGAGGACGCGGUGGAGCAGGCCGCGGCAGAGGCAGCGGCCCAAGCGCUGUCGAAGGGGAACCCGUUCAUGAGCCCGUCGAGCUCUCGCUCGGGCGUGCACUCGGGCGUGGAGACGCCCGACCGGUUUAGCGGGCCCGUGCCGCACCCGCCGCCGGUGCAUUCGCGGCAUGUCCAGUUCCAGAGUCCACCGGCAGCGAGCGACGUGGUCGGGGCUAGGGAUUAUAUUCAUUCGCCGACGAGCGAGCUGACCAGUGGAAAGAGCAAGAUUCCGAGGGAUCGGGAUGUGGAGGAGAUGAAGACGCCGACGGUGGCGGAGAUGAGGAGGGGGGUGCAGAAUGGGCACCAACAUCAUCAUCACCAUCACCACGAUACCAGCCAGCGGUCGAGGUCCCGAUCGAGGGAUGCGGGGCAUCGGGCGUUUGCUGUUUGGGGACAGGAUGAGAGUGAUACGAGCAGCAAUGCUAGUGAUGCUAGCGACCUGGAGGAGUGAGGAUGUUGUUCGUGUCGUGUUUCGACUUUCGUGAGUAUCCUAUUAUGCCGCAGCAGGUUAUUGGUAGAAUCAUUUGCAUUGCAUUCGGAUUGUAUUUUAUAUGGCACGUUUAGAUAUGUAUAGAACAUACGGUAGCAAGUGGAAGAGACGCCUGGUGAAUUUCCUUCCGU